UCAGAAGCUAUUAAAGGCGAAGUGCUAAAAGUUGGAAAUAGAAGUUGUGAGAGCAUCCGCCUACAGUCUGAAUCAGUUUUCUGUAUGGUUCCCAGAGAUCUGCUGAAAUCCCACAGUGAGCUAAAUAUAGAGUGGAAGCAAGAAGUUUUGUCAACGCUUAUUGGGAAAGUGCUGGUUCUGCAAGAUCAGAAUUUCACAGGACUGAUUGCUGGAGUUGUCUCAACAUCAGUGUUAUUUUUAUUGUUGUUGGGGGGUUUUCUAUGGAUGAAGAAGAAAAAACAAAUUAAAGAUCUGGGUAGUGAUUUAGUUCGUUAUGAUGGAAGAGUGCACACUCCUCAUUUGGAUAGGCUUGUGAGUGCAAGGAGCGUAAGUCCAACUACAGAAAUGGUUUCUAGUGACUCUGUAGACUACAGAUCAACAUUUCUAGAAGAUCAGCUCCCAAAUUUGUCUCAGAAUGGCUCAUGCAGACCAGCACAGUAUCCUCACACAGAACUAGCAUCCUUUCUGUCCAGUGGGGACUCAGAUUUAGCCAGUCCACUGCUGCAAACUAAUGUCCACAUUGACAUCGGUGCCUUAAAUCCAGACCUGGUCAAAGAAGUUCAGCAUGUAGUCAUUGGUGCUGACAGCCUGAUUGUGCAUUUUAGUGAGAUAAUAGGAAGAGGGCAUUUUGGGUGUGUGUACCAUGGGACAUUGUUGGAUAAUGAUGGCAGGAAAAUUCAUUGUGCUGUGAAGUCCUUGAACAGAAUUACAGACCUGGAAGAAGUAGCUCAGUUUCUCAAAGAAGGGAUCAUCAUGAAAGAUUUCACUCAUCCCAAUGUCCUGUCACUACUGGGAAUUUGCUUGCCCAGUGAGGGGUCUCCUUUGGUGGUGCUUCCGUAUAUGAAACAUGGAGAUCUUCGAAACUUCAUUAGGAACGAGACUCAUAACCCAACAGUUAAAGAUUUGAUUGGAUUUGGCCUUCAAGUAGCAAAAGGUAUGAAAUACCUUGCAAGCAAAAAGUUUGUCCAUAGAGAUUUGGCUGCAAGAAAUUGUAUGCUGGAUGAAAAAUUCACUGUCAAGGUUGCUGAUUUUGGUCUUGCUAGAGAUGUCUACGAUAAAGAAUACUACAGUGUGCACAAUAAAACGGGAGCUAAACUGCCAGUGAAAUGGAUGGCUUUAGAAAGUUUGCAAACUCAGAAGUUCACUACAAAAUCAGAUGUGUGGUCCUUUGGUGUGUUGUUGUGGGAACUUAUGACGAGAGGAGCACCGCCCUACCCUGACGUGAAUUCUUUUGAUAUCACUGUUUACUUAUUACAAGGAAGAAGGCUAUUGCAACCGGAAUACUGCCCUGAUCCACUGUAUGAAGUCAUGCUAAAGUGUUGGCAUCCAAAACCUGAAAUGCGCCCAGCGUUUUCUGAACUGGUUUCAAAUAUAUCAACAAUCUUCUCCACUUUUAUUGGGGAGCAUUAUGUUCAUGUCAAUGCUACAUAUGUCAAUGUGAAAUGCGUUGCUCCCUAUCCUUCUCUUUUGUCAUCACAAGAUAACAUAGACAGGGAUGUGGAUACAUGACCAGAUGCAAAUAUAACUAUAAAUUGCUAAAGGACAAAAGGUUCUACUACAAGGAAAAAAAUCAUCUCUACAGUCAUUACAAUGGCUAAGAAACUUUAUGACAGAAGGAUUUGGGGCGGAUACUCCAAAGCCGUACGUCCAUGCUCAAGGAAGGCUGCAAUGUGAAAAAAAACAUUUUUACUAUUUAUGAAUUUUGCCUGAUAUAGUUAAUGUUGUGUCUGGGACACCUGUUAAGGGUAUGUGAUUCUGGUAAGGAUUUGAUGUUUGUCAAUUCAUGCAUUUGCAAAUGAGCUGAAUGGUACUUAUGGUGAUAGUUGUUGAUGUGACCUAA